CCUGGGCAUGCAGCCAUGAAGGACGCUCCUGUGGGCCAGGCCGCGCCGGCCGCCUCCGAGCAGCAGAGCUCGGUGCGCAGCCAGAACUCGAGGCUCGGCCUGCUCGUGGCCGCCGUCUCGACCGCCCCCGACGACGAAUUACCCGACGAGGAGCACGUCCAGCCGAGCCACCAAAAGCUACGAAAGACGAACAGGAAGUUGAUUUUCGCCGUGCUCGUGUUCCUCGCCAAUGCGAUAAUUGCGAAUAUUGCCUUGUUCAUUUGGCGGGCGAAGCAGGAGGACGGCAGCGGCGUGUGCGAGCAGCCCGCGUGCGUUUUGGCCGCGGCCCGAAUGCUGCAGCGGAUGGACCUGCACGCGGACCCUUGCCACGACUUUUACCAGUUUUCGUGCGGCAACUAUCUCAGGAGCCAGGAAGUGCCUGACGACAACUUCCACCGCUCCAUGCUACAGGAAAUGCAAGAAGAGGUGCUCGCCGUGAUCAAAAAGCUAAUUGAACAACCAUCUGCUGACGACGAGAACGAAGCGAUUAAAAAAGCGAGAAAACUUUACGCCUCUUGCAUGGACCGUAAUUUCCGAACUUCGCACUACAAACAAUACGAAGACCUUCCGGUUUUCGCACUUCUCUCCGCAGGCCAGUUGGGAAUGUGGCCACUUCUUCGGAAGGCGCCCUGGGACCCAAAAGAAUUCCAGUUGCACAGACUGCUCGGCGAACUGUCCGUUUACCAGGUUCACACCCUUUUGGAAAUGUACGUCACCCCUGACGAGAAAAACGCCUCGCAGUACAUGUUACAGUUUUACAAGGGACAGCCUGCAAUCGAAACGGCCUAUUAUUUGAACGCGAGCAACCCCGACUACGUUCGCUACUUACGAUCCUACCGUCGAUUGUUGCGCGAGUCCGUCCUGCUACUGACGCAGGGCAACCAGGACUCGCUCAAGGACGCCGAGGACAUUCUGCAGUUCGAGAGCAGUUUUGCCAACGUGACCGAAAACACCAAGUGCGCUCCUCUUUUGGCAAAUGGGACGGAAGACCCAAAUGCAGACGAGCUCGGAAGAAUGACGUUGUUUGAACUGCAGGAAGCGGCGCCAGAGUUGGAGUGGCCAGCAAUGUUAACGCACACAUUGAACCGUCUGGACGUGGAGCUGCCUGUUCCACUAUCAGAACUGAUCAUCUCCUUUCGGUGUCGAGGGUACUUGGCUGAUUUGGCUCGGCUUUUGGAAACCGCCGACUCGAGGACGGUGGCCAACUAUCUGAUUUGGAGGUUCCUCUUCAAGUUCAUGCCCUACCUCGGCAACAAAUUCCUGCAGAUCUGGAUCGAGUUCCGCAAAGACGUGCCCGACGCCAACGAGGACAAACUUUAUCUCUCUCGAUGGAAACAGUGCGCAAAUAUUGUGAAUGAAGGCCUCGGACUCGCAGUUGGAAAUCUUUACGUUCGAUCGCCUUAUUUUCAAGCUGUGGAUAAAAAGGCUCUGAAGAUGAUUAAGUACCUGAAAAAAGCUUUCCGAAGCGUAAUCAACGAAGAAGACUGGCUUGAAGAGGCGAAGAAAAAGGAAGUCAUUGAAAAGUUGGACUCAAUGGGCAACAAAGUGGGUUACCCGAAGCACAUUGAAGACCCAGUCGCUCUCGAGGCGGAAUAUAAAGAGCUUAACUUAUCGGAUGGAAAUUUCUUGCAAAACAUGUUGAUUCUCAAAAAGCACGAAGUUUGGAAGGAGCUGCGGAAACUGACGAGGCCCGUCGAUAAAGCAAAAGAAUGGCUCAUUCAACCUCUAACGGUCAAUGCCUUCCACAACCCGACCACCAAUGAAAUAAUUUUCCCUCUUGGUAUUCUGCGCCAUCCAAUGUUUAACUUGGAUUAUCCAAUGUACUUGAAUUUUGCAAACAUCGGCGUUGUCAUCGGACACGAAAUUACGCACGGCUUUGACAACCACGGAAAAAAAUACGACAAAAACGGGAACAUGACAAACUGGUUUACCGAAGAAAUGACCGCGCGUUUUCGCGACCGGGCAAUUUGCUUCGCCGAGCAGUACUCGGAGUUUCCUCUUGAGAUGGUCGGAAAGAACGUGGACGGAAACGAGACCCUUGGGGACAACAUUUGCGACAACGCGGGGCUUAAACAUAGUUGGCUUGCCUAUAAGGAAUGGGUUCAGGAUCACGAACCGGAGCACGGUCUACCUGGAAUUCCAUUUUCUGUGGACGAAAUUUUUUUCAUCAAUUACGGUCAGAUUUGGUGUGAAGUCUUAAACAAAGAGGGUUUCGAGCAGUACACGCGAGACAUGCACAGUCCUGGACGGUACCGGACGAUGGGCGUCCUUCAGAACAAUGACGACUUUGCCCGGACGUUUCGGUGCCCCGUGGGCAGCCCCAUGAAUCCGCACCACAAGUGCCGCCUUUGGAGUUGAGCACCCCCUCUAAAAAAACAAUUGUGUAUUUCAAUAAUUGAUCUCGUUUUUGCCGACUCGGGCAAUUUCUAUGAUUACAACUUCCGGAUCUAUUUUUUGAGGUUUUGCUAAAAAAGUACAUAUUUCAUAGCCCGAAAAGUACUUAAAAAAAGAGGUGUUGAAGCCGCCUCUGGUUGACUAAAAAUUUCAACACUGCUUGCUGUACAGUAUAUAUUUUUUCUAAGGAAAAGUAUAUAAUUUUAAACCUAGACAAAUGCAUUUAGAGAAGAACAAAUUUUAAAACGAAAAUGGAGUUUUUCACCUCAUCAUGUAAUUUAUCAUUAGAUCGGCUUUCAAUCAAAAGAAGAUUAAUUAAAAUAAAAGAAAAAAAAAUUGUCACCAGACACGCCUCGUUCAGCCACAUCAGAUAGUGAGUUAAGGACCAAUGUACAUUAGCUAGUCUUUAGAAUAACAAAAUCUGCUUUAUGUCCCCAGAAUAAAUGAAAAUACGAAAAAAAUCCUACCUUGUAGUUUUAGAAUUUGAUUUUGCUGUCCGGAUUG